CAGUAGUGUCCAAGCGUGCCCUAUACUAACUAUACUCGGAGAUAUGCAACCAGUUUUUCAUCAGAGUAUUCGGAUUGAAUAAAUAUACCUAGAUCUGUUUUGUGACCCAUCACUAUUAAAUAAAUGUCAGCUGAUUCUUUGUUCUUUUGUUAGAAUUCUGUGAUUGACAGGCUUGUCAGUGUACCUCGGUUCUACCAACAUAAAAUUUGUAAAGGGUCGACAGUAUCCCAAUUUUGACCAAACAAAUCACAAUAUUUUUCCUUUGAGUUGUUUUAAACCUACGUAGAUCUUACAAUCAUUCAAAUAAAUGAUAUUCCAGCCAAAAGUUAUAGAAAGCUAAUGAAUUCAAUUUGCAAAUUUAAGUUCGAAAUGUUGGCGUGACCUGUCAAAUUGAAAUGUAAUGGAGAAUGGAUGUGUUUAUGGUGGACAAUACAUAAAUAGUAGAUAAAAGUAUUUUAUUUGAUUUUGGACUUCAAAUUUAGUUUAAUAUAACGCUGCUGCAAAAUCUUUGACUGUAUAUAAUCUCAUUUCACAUGAAGAAACACUACGUGCGAUAGUUUUGUGUUGUGUAAUUAUACCAUCACGUCAGCGCUUGAUGGUCUGCUUGGGCACUUUGCUAGAAUGGAACAAGCUCAAGGCAAUCCAACAGGCUCAGGACUCCAUCAGUUGAAUAUAACAGUGGAGUGUGCCCACCUACGGAGCAAUGCUUUACUGAAGCCCACACCCUAUGUAGAACUAACUGUAGAUGAUAGGUCCACAGUCAAAACAGAAACUGUAAAAACAACAACACAGCCAAAAUGGAAUGAGACCUUCACGCUUCUUGUAACACCACACUCCAGGAUAAAUUUUGCUGUUAAGGACCACAACAACUUUAGGAAGGAUACCAUUAUUGGGGAGCAAAGGUUGGAGUUAUUCCAGUUGCUCUCAAUAUUCAAUGGCCGAUGUGACAAUAUUGACUUGACCUUGGAUUUGAUGUUUGAAAAUAAACAAACAGACUCGCCUGUGAAAGUAGGCGAGUUGAUAUGUUGCUUGAAGGGCCUGAACAUUGACAUGUCUGGAUACCUGAGAGCAAAUGGAUCUAUGCCAUUGGCACAGAGCAACAGUGAGGGGGCACAUGGAAGACCAGUGUUGAAUGGAGUAAGGGCAAAGCAGAGGAGUCAAGGUACAGAGAAUGUGAUGCCAUCAUCAUCGAGGGUCAGUAUGGAAAGAGGGGUUGCACCAUUGAAUGCACUGCCAGCUCCUCAGCCAAUGCCUAUGUCGCCUAGUAGUGCCAGUAUUGCAAAUGGUAAUAUAGGACCCCCAGCUACAGUGCCAAAUGGUAAUAUUGCACAGUCUGAAACAGAAGAAACUCGAGCGGACUUGGAACCCUUGCCGCCAGGUUGGGAAAUGAGAUUUGACACUUAUGGUAGGAGAUAUUAUGUGGACCAUAACACAAGAUCCACUUCAUGGGAAAGACCCCAGCCUCUCCCUCCAGGAUGGGAAAUGAGACGGGAUCCUAGGGGUAGAGUUUACUACGUAGAUCACAACACCAGAACCACGACAUGGCAGAGACCUAACUCAGAACGUUUGCAACAUUAUCAACAAUGGCAAGGACAGAGGCAACAUAUUGUACAGCAAGGAAAUCAACGGUUUCUGUACCCCCAACACCAACAAGGUCCUAUAGCUGGACCAUCCACACUUGCAGAUGAGGAUGAUGGGUUGGGACCUUUACCUGCAGGCUGGGAAAGAAGAGUCCAGCCAGAAGGACGAGUGUACUUCGUCAAUCACAAAAACAGAACGACGCAAUGGGAAGACCCUCGGACGCAAGGUCAAGAAAUUAGCGAAAUAGAUGAACUGCCUCUACCACCAGGCUGGGAAAUCAGAUAUACGGAAGACAAUAAACGAUAUUUUGUGGACCAUAACACGAAAACUACGACCUUCGAAGAUCCCAGGCCAGGCGCGCCUAAGGGACCGAAAGGAGUGUAUGGUGUCCCUAGGGCCUAUGAGAGGUCGUUCAAAUGGAAAAUUAGUCAGUUUAGGUUUUUGUGUCAAAGUAACGCGUUGCCUAGUCACAUCAAAAUCCAGGUUUCAAGACAGACACUGUUUGAAGACUCGUUCCACACGAUAAUGAGGCUACCCGCCUAUGAAUUGAGGAGGCGUCUAUACAUCAUUUUCAAGGGAGAAGAGGGACUGGAUUAUGGUGGUGUAAGCAGAGAAUGGUUCUUCCUAGUGUCUCAUGAAGCACUCAACCCUAUGUAUUGUCUCUUCGAAUAUGCCAAUAAGAAUAAUUAUAGUUUACAGAUAAAUCCAGCCUCAUAUGUGAACCCCGAACACCUGACCUACUUCAAAUUCAUAGGGCGUUUCAUCGCAAUGGCCUUAUACCACGGCCGUUUCAUCUACUCCGGUUUCACGAUGCCCUUCUACAAGCGGAUGCUAGGCAAAAAGCUGGUGAUGAAGGACAUAGAGAGUAUCGACCCAGAGUUCUACAACUCCCUGGUAUGGAUCAAGGAGAACAGCAUAGACGAGUGCGGACUAGAGCUGUACUAUAGCGUUGACUUUGAGGUGCUGGGACAAGUGGUGCAUCACGAGUUGAAGAAAAACGGAGAUAAGGAAAGGGUCACGGAGGAGAACAAGGAGGAAUAUUUGGCGUUGAUGACUGAGUGGAGGAUGACGAGAGGUAUCGAACAGCAAACUCAAGCAUUUCUAGAUGGUUUUAAUGAAGUAGUGCCAAUUGAAUGGCUGAAAUAUUUCGAUGAGCGAGAAUUAGAACUGUUGUUAUGUGGUAUGCAGGAAAUCGAUGUGGAAGAUUGGCAGAGACAUACUAUUUACAGGCACUAUACUAGAAGCAGUAAACCUGUAGUAUGGUUUUGGCAAUUCGUCAAACAAUCAGAUAACGAGAAACGCGCCCGUUUACUCCAAUUCGUUACCGGCACCUGUCGAGUGCCAGUGGGCGGUUUCGCCGAGCUCAUGGGCUCCAACGGACCUCAGCGCUUCUGCAUUGAAAAAGUGGGCAAGGAAUCCUGGCUGCCUAGGUCGCACACCUGUUUCAACCGCCUCGAUCUGCCUCCAUACAAAAGUUACGAGCAGCUAGUAGAGAAACUCACGUACGCCAUCGAGGAAACUGACACCUUCGGUCAAGAGUAAGAUGACAGAUCACACUCACACACACAGUUUGUUUUGUAUAUUUAUCUGUACCUGAUGUUGACAUAUAAGUCUGUCAAGAUUCUGAAAUGUAUUAUUUUUGUAUUGGUCUAAUGUGAAGGGGGUUAGUUGGGUUUUACAGGGAAAGGAUUACUCGCGGACCACAUUUGUUAAAAUUUAAUUCAUCGGCACAACAUGUCAUAGGUUCGUUACGAAUAGCCUUCGGUAAUGUCGUAUUAAGCUUGGCGGUUGAAACCAUUUCUCGUUUUCUCAAUCUAUUCCUAUUUAAAGAUGAACCCAAAGACGUAAAGAUCAGGUUGCGCCACUAUGUGCGUAUCAUCGAGGUAAUAACGUCGAAUAAUACAUUCUACCAGAAAAUAGCUAACGAUAUAUUGUAUUCUGAUAUCCCAAAAAGUAUCUAAAAAGACUAGCGCCAUCUAUGGAACAGUGGCAGAUUUCCUCGUAGAUGGCGCUAGGAUCUGCAAUCCCUUUUUGACCUCUCUAAUGCCUAUUUUAAUUUGGUAUCUUUGGGUGGAGUACGUCAAUCAAUGCAAGAAGAUGCCCAACUAAAAUAAGCAUUAGAGACCAAAAAGGGGGUUGGAGAUCCUAGCACCAUCUUUGAGACAGUAACAGAACUAGACACUCUACCUUUUCAAAGUAGGUUUCUAAUUCUACUGUUUUGUAGAUGGCAUGUUGUAAAUACAUAGUAAAGCUUCAGGUGGAAUAUGUUAACAAAUGAUAGUAGAAAGUUUGGCAAUCACAAAUACUGCAUACGUAAACGUUAACUUUUUUUAGAUUUGAUCAAUUCUUUAUAUGAGAUAAAUGCUAAAUGAUGCUAACAUUAACAUUUACGUAUGCGGUAUUUGUAAUUGAAAAAACUCCAAUGUGGUAACCUUUUCCCUGUAAAAGCAGUUAUUUGAGCCGUACUGGUUUCAAUACAUAGGAGAUCAUAGUAUUGGCUCAAAAAUUCUCUAUAUGCAUUGUUUUCUCGCAGAAGGUUUUCAAUAUUCAUGCGGGAUAAGAUGUUAAAGUAUUGAAUUCGAUCUUAAAUAGCUUCAGUGUAUUUCAAUACGAGAUAGAACCGGUUAUUUGUUCAAUUGAAUUUCAACCACUCUUCCGUAUCGUAUCUUAAUGGAAAACUUCCAAUAGGAUGCCAAUACUGGUUUCGUUUGUGCAUCUCAAGAUACAAUGCAUUUUCAUUAAAAAAGCUUUGCACUAUAUAAGGAAUUGGUUUGCCAUCAACACUUGAAAGCUCUUUAGCUAUUCAAGGCGGCACAUCCCUUUUUUAAGAUUUUUUUUCAACUUCCUGUUUGCAGCAGUUUUCUAAAUCCUGUUCAUUUGAUAAUUUCAUGGUGUCCGUAGAGAUGACUUAAAAACAAUGUUUUCUUUUUGUUAAAAAAUGGAUUUUUUGUGCAUUCUAUUGUGCAAUAUUUCUUCAAUCAGAACUUGUUAACAAAUAUAAAUACAGCUCUGAAAUUGUGUGCGAAUAUUCCUCUUUUAUGGAAGAAUGAAACGAGUGAUUACUUUUGUUAUCACUUUUCCUUUUCGAAAAAUCUUUGCUUUUCUUGAAAACUCAACUUGCUGUAAGACGAGGCUUCAAGAAAAUCAAAGAUUCUUCGAAAAGGAAAAGUGAUAAGAACAAAAGUAAUCACUCGUCAUUUUUCCAUAAAAGAGGAAUAUUCACAUACAAUUUCAUAACUGUACUUAUUUUUGUUAACAAGUUCGAUUGCAUUUUUUGACAAAAAAAUGAAAACAUUGUUUUUAGUCAUCUCUAUAUACACAUUAUGAGAUUAUCAUAUGAAAGGGAUUUAGAAUACUGCUGCACACAGGAAGUUGAAAAGGAAUCUAAAGAAAGGGAAGUGCCACCUUAAAGCUGUAGGAGAGGAGAAGUCUAUAAAGGGUGUCCUAAAAGUUAGGUCUUUUCUUUUCUGAAGUUUUAAAUAAAAAUUGCUGUAAAACUGCAACAAAAACAUAAAGAUGUAAUUCAAGAAAAGUACUCACUAUUGAUUUGGUAAGAAAUUCCAAGUACUAGCCUGUCACACUGCUUGUAAAUACUGAUUGUGGUUAUAGUCAUUCGAUUUAGAAAUACAAGUUUGCCCAUUUCUUCCAAAAUUUGCAACAUUCGGGGCUGUCUAGCCUAGCUCUUCUACCGUUACCACCUGAUAUAAAUAAACCUUCUUUUUUUCUUUUUCGAAUUCGAUUUGCAAAGUUAACCUACACACCGCGCGUUACAUGAUUUUGAUACUGACUUGCGUCGCAUUUUCAGUCUACUUAUGUUGGAUGGAGAGCCGCAUUGCCCCAUAGAUACACACUUGAUAUCUCAGUUAUCUUAAGGCUUGGUGUAUGUGUUACUAGGAAAAUGUGCUUCUUGUUAUAUUAUGUUCUAUACACUAUGUGAAGGAAAGUCUCAACUUUAAGGUCACCCUGUAUUCAUGGUAUUACAUAAAAUAUACUGAUUGAUAUUUAUCAGUUAUUCCAGUCAUAUUAACUAUUCAGUAGCUCACUGUUACAAUGAACCGUUUUAUUUCAACGGCAACUCGCUGAAAUCUUGAAGAAUUUUUAAUCAACGGAUUUUCGGUAUUAAAUGUAAAAAACGACUGUCAUAGGAUCAGUUCAAAUUUGCCAAAAUAAAUGUCAGAAUAGAAGUUUUUGAAAUAGAAUAACACAGUUUCAUUUUUUUUAUGUAGAGUAAGCAUAGUACAGAUACUCUCUUCUGCAUUUUUUACCGAGGUAUGCAAUAGUCAGUAUAAUAUUGCAUUUCGAAUAUUCUAUUCUUUGUGCCACAGGAUCUGUUUCAAUAAUUUUAUCACACCACACGUGUGUGCCUGGUCGGAGGUUAGCAUGUGCAGGAAGUUCAGUUUUGAUGUCCAGAUUAGAACUGAAUCUUAUGUGGUCGUCAUAAUUAUACCAAAUGAUGCAAACGUCAGGGUGUGUCGUUUUCUACGUUAGAUGAAGCAGCUAUCAUAUUUGUCAACAACGCGUCAGCUGAACUGGAAGGUGGCAUGGUUCACAUUCGUAGAGGUUGACCUGCUCAUUGGGCUGCUGAGGUUUUGAUGCAAAGUAAAAAAACUGCUUCAUAUAACGAGUAUAAUCAACUAAUUUUGAAUUUACAUAUUUUCCACGCUGCUCAAAGUGAUGCGGUGUUGCCGGUGCUGUACUUCAAACGUCAGUCGGCGUACCGAACAACAUAACCUGAUCUUUACAUUCUUGGCAUACAUUGAAGACCAAAUACUACUGACGUUGUAAUGUGUACGAGAGAGAAGCGCGAGAAUAGUGCAAUACGUGUGUUAGAAAGAGAUAGAAGAACCUCGUUGCCUAGCAACCCGAGUGACGGGGCCACGGACGCCAUCGGCGCACUCUUUCUAAAAUACAUAUUGGACGUUUCUCUCUCGUACGUAUUACGAAAUCGGCCACCGUAUACCUGUACAUUAUUUUUCACGAUACCUCAUUACCUUUUGACGUGUAUUGAGGUCAAUAGCUGAUUUGCAAGUAACGUCUUAGUGUUAAAAUCUAUACUGUUGGCAAUAAUGUAUCAGGUGAAACUCUGGAUCGUAUUCUGAAAGUAGAAACGGUUAAUACAGCCAAAAAUUGUUUAUUUUGUUUUAUUUUUACCUGACACUAAAUAUUAUAUAAUAUAUUGUUUGUAUUGUUUUGCUUUUAUACAUAGCAAUUUGUCUGAAUAAAAAGUUCUGUUAGAAAGUAUGAGUCACGGCAUAAAAAACAAAAAUACGACUUUGUUUAAGGAUUUGGUGUUGACAGAUUGCCAAACAGUCAAAGUUCUAUGUUACUUGUCGAUAUGGGGUAUUUUCAAUGUUACUAGAUAAUCAGCUGUUAUUUGCUGCCACGGUUUGAUGUAAUGAAGUAUCAUGAAAAAUGCUAUUCCCUACAUGCUACAGCGGCAACAUCACUUGAUAUUUUCUCCAUUUAUUGAUUUUUAGGAUAGCCUUAUAAAAAAAUUAGAUGCUGCAAAACAGCAUAGUCUCAUAACAUUCACAGCUUUUGUUUUUACUUUUGCGUGGUGCUGUUCUGCAAAUAUGUAUAUUUUUUCUUUAUAUUGUGAUAUAUACUAAUUAUGCAGGCCUAUUCUUUUAUUUCACUAAUAUCUAUUAAUUACAUGUACAUAUAUCUAGUUUUUGUAUCGGAAAAUGUUAGUUAUUUUAUAAACAUUCCUAAAAAGAUUGUGUCCUAUUUGUGUAUCAGGCCUCAAUUAAACAACCAAAGCUUUUAAUUAUUUUCUAUCGAUAUUUAUUUUGUUAUUAU